UGCACUGAGAAUCACCGCUGCUCCACAUUACUGUGUUUGCUCUUGUGCCUGAACAGUACGUGCUCCAGAACAGAAAAGUACUUCUAGAUGGAUCCUUUCCACAUCUGGUGUCUUUUCUACAAAUUCUGUGCCUCAACAUUUUCUGAGUGCUUCAGCACCGGUCAGCACAGUGACUAAGAACUGCUCCUCUUCCAAUUUUCAUUCCUCUUUGGGAAAAAAGAAUAUCAUCAUGUCAAGCAUUACGAUUGACCCAGAUGUCAAGCCUGGUGAAUAUGUCAUCAAAAGCCUCUUUGCAGAAUUUGCUGUUCAAGCUGAAAAGAAAAUUGAAGUUGUAAUGGCUGAACCCUUGGAGAAGCCGUUGUCUAGAUCUCUUCAGAGGGGUGAAGAUCUUCAGUUUGAUCAGUUGAUAAGCUCUAUGAGCUCAGUAGCAGAGCACUGCCUCCCUUCCCUCCUCCGCACCUUGUUUGACUGGUACAGGCGCCAGAAUGGAACAGAAGAUGAGUCAUACGAGUAUAGGCCUCGUUCUAGUACCAAGUCUAAGGGGGAUGAACAGCAACGUGAAAGAGAUUAUCUUCUUGAAAGAAGAGAUUUAGCAGUAGAUUUCAUUUUUUGCUUAGUUUUAGUUGAAGUUCUAAAGCAGAUUCCUGUUCACCCUGUGCCUGAUCCAUUAGUCCAUGAAGUUCUAAACUUAGCUUUUAAGCACUUUAAACAUAAGGAAGGAUAUUCAGGAACCAACACUGGGAAUGUUCAUAUUAUUGCAGAUUUAUAUGCAGAGGUGAUAGGGGUUCUUGCUCAAUCAAAGUUUCAGGCUGUGAGGAAAAAGUUUGUGACCGAAUUAAAAGAACUGCGACAAAAGGAACCAAGUCCGCAUGUGGUGCAAAGUGUCAUCAGCUUAAUAAUGGGAAUGAAGUUUUUCCGAGUGAAAAUGUAUCCUGUAGAAGAUUUUGAAGCAUCUUUUCAAUUUAUGCAGGAAUGUGCUCAGUAUUUUUUAGAAGUAAAGGAUAAAGAUAUAAAACAUGCACUUGCUGGUUUAUUUGUGGAAAUUCUUAUCCCUGUAGCUGCUGCUGUUAAAAAUGAAGUGAAUGUUCCCUGUUUGAAAAAUUUUGUGGAGAUGCUUUAUCAGACUACUUUUGAACUGAGCUCCAGAAAGAAGCAUUCAUUGGCUCUGUAUCCCCUAAUUACCUGCCUUUUAUGUGUCAGUCAGAAACCAUUUUUUUUAAAUAACUGGCAUAUUUUCCUACAGAACUGUUUGUCCCAUCUGAAGAAUAAAGAUCCUAAAAUGUCCCGAGUUGCACUGGAAUCUUUGUAUAGAUUAUUGUGGGUUUAUGUAAUUAGAAUUAAAUGUGAAAGCAACACUGUAACUCAGAGUCGUCUAAAUAGCAUAGUGUCAGCACUUUUCCCAAAAGGUUCGCGUAGUGUGGUUCCUCGUGAUACACCUCUCAAUAUAUUUGUGAAGAUUAUUCAGUUCAUUGCUCAGGAACGUUUGGAUUUUGCAAUGAAAGAAAUAAUAUUUGACCUUCUCAGUGUUGGAAAAUCUACUAAAACUUUCACCAUUAAUCCAGAGAGAAUGAACAUCGGCCUCAGGGUCUUCCUUGUCAUCGCUGACAGUUUGCAGCAGAAGGAUGGAGAGCCGCCAAUGCCAACAACUGGGGUCAUUCUUCCCUCAGGAAACACUCUGCGUGUGAAGAAAAUCUUUCUUAACAAGACCCUGACAGAUGAAGAAGCUAAAGUCAUAGGAAUGUCCAUUUACUAUCCUCAAGUGAGAAAAGCCUUAGAUAGCAUCCUCAGGCAUUUAGACAAAGAAGUUGGGAGACCAAUGUGUAUGACAAGUGUGCAGAUGUCCAACAAGGAGCCUGAAGACCUUAUCACGGGAGAAAGAAAACCCAAAAUUGAUUUGUUUAGAACCUGUAUUGCUGCUAUUCCAAGACUGAUUCCUGAUGGAAUGAGCAGAACUGACCUCAUUGAACUGUUAGCAAGACUCACGGUUCACAUGGAUGAAGAACUGCGUGCUCUGGCUUUCAAUACUCUGCAGGCACUAAUGCUGGAUUUUCCGGAUUGGCGGGAAGACGUUCUUUCAGGAUUUGUUUAUUUCAUUGUUCGUGAAGUAACUGAUAUCCAUCCCACGCUUCUUGAUAAUGCUGUAAAGAUGUUGGUACAAUUAAUAAAUCAGUGGAAACAAGCGAUCCAGAUGCAUAACAAAAACCAGGAUUCACGGCAUGGAGUAGUUAAUGGAGCCUCUCAUCCCCCUCCUCUGGAAAGGAGCCCAUAUUCCAGUGUGUUCCAUGUGGUCGAAGGAUUUGCUCUUGUCAUUCUCUGUAGCAGUCGACCAGCCACCAGGAGAUUAGCCGUCAGUGUCCUUAGAGAAAUACGGGCUCUAUUUGCACUUUUGGAAAUACCUAAGGGUGAAGAUGAAUUAGCCAUAGAUGUGAUGGACAGGCUGAGCCCAUCCAUUCUUGAAAGCUUCAUACAUCUCACUGGGGCUGAUCAGACAACUUUGCUGUAUUGUCCUAGCUCAAUAGAUUUACAGACAUUAGCAGAAUGGAACUCAUCCCCUAUUAGCCACCAGUUUGAUGUGAUCAGUCCAUCACACAUUUGGAUAUUUGCACAUGUGACCCAAGGGCAAGAUCCGUGGAUUAUAAGUCUCUCCAGUUUUUUAAAACAAGAAAACCUUCCCAAACACUGCUCGACAGCUGUGGGCUAUGCAUGGACGUUUGCAUACACAAGACUUCAAUCAUUGUCCCCCCAAGUUGAUAUAAAUAGCCCCAUCAACGCGAAGAAAGUUAACACCACCUCGAGCAGCGACUCCUACGUGGGCCUGUGGAGGAACUAUCUGCUGCUAUGCUGCAGCGCAGCCACCUCGGCGACCACCGCCUCCUCAUCCGCAGGCUCAGUGAGGUGCUCUCCCCCUGAGACGCUGGCGUCCACCCCCGAUAGUGGCUACUGCAUCGAUUCCAAAAUUAUUACCAUUCCAUCCCCCUCAUCCUUGUUUAAGCACAUAGUUCCAAUGAUGCGCUCUGAGAGUAUGGAAAUCACAGAAUCCCUUGUUCUAGGUCUUGGCAGGACCAACCCCGGAGCUUUUAGGGAACUAAUAGAGGAAUUGCACCCCAUAAUUAAAGAAGCCCUCGAAAGGAGGCCAGAGAACAUGAAACGGCGCAGGCGUCGAGAUAUUUUACGAGUACAGCUGGUACGAAUAUUUGAACUGCUGGCAGAUGCUGGUGUCAUUAGUCACAGUGCAAGUGGUGGCCUUGAUAAUGAAACACAUUUCCUCAACAACACUCUGUUGGAGUAUGUAGAUUUAACUAGACAACUCCUGGAAGCAGAAAAUGAAAAAGACUCUGACACACUGAAGGAUAUACGAUGCCAUUUCAGUGCCUUAGUGGCGAAUAUCAUUCAGAAUGUUCCAGUGCAUCAGAGAAGAAGUAUUUUUCCUCAACAGAGCCUUCGUCACAGUCUGUUUAUGCUGUUUAGUCACUGGGCUGGUCCUUUCAGCAUUAUGUUUACACCCUUGGACAGAUACAGUGAUAGAAAUAUGCAAAUCAACAGACAUCAGUACUGUGCACUGAAGGCUAUGUCUGCUGUGCUGUGUUGUGGCCCUGUUGCAGAUAAUGUAGGACUUUCAUCAGAUGGCUAUUUGUACAAAUGGUUGGAUAACAUUUUGGACUCUAUGGACAAAAAGGUUCACCAGUUGGGCUGUGAGGCAGUCACAUUGCUGCUGGAGCUGAACCCCGAUCAGAGCAACCUGAUGUACUGGGCCGUGGAUCGUUGUUACACGGGCUCCAGGAGAGUGGCAGCUGGCUGUUUUCGAGCCAUUGCUAAUGUCUUCCAGAACAGGGAUUAUCAGUGUGACACAGUGAUGCUCCUGAAUCUCAUCCUGUUUAAAGCAGCUGAUGCCUCGCGAAGUAUUUAUGAAGUUGCUAUGCAACUUUUACAGAUCCUGGAACCGAAGAUGUUUCGCUAUGCUCACAAACUAGAGGUUCAGAGAACGGAUGGAGUCCUCAGCCAGUUGUCUCCUCUGCCACAUCUGUAUUCUGUUUCAUAUUAUCAGUUGUCUGAAGAAUUAGCAAGAGCUUACCCUGAGCUCACUCUCGCCAUAUUCUCAGAAAUAAGCCAGAGAAUUCCAACAGCUCACCCUGCUGGCAGGCAAGUUAUGCUGCACUACCUGUUGCCUUGGAUGAACAACAUCGAGUUGGUCGAUUUAAAGCCUUUGCCUGCUGCAAGGCGAUACGAUGAAGCUGGAGAUGAGUCCUUAAAAGACCGAGAGCAGAUGGUGACGAGCAGACGGUGGUUACGCGGAGAAGGCUGGGGAUCCCCACAAGCCACUGCAAUGGUCUUGAACAAUCUGAUGUACAUGACGGCAAAGUAUGGUGAUGAACUUGCCUGGUCAGAGGUGGAAAAUGUGUGGACCACACUUGCAGAUGGCUGGCCCAAGAACUUAAAAAUUAUUUUGCACUUUUUGAUCGGCAUUUGUGGAGUGAACAGUGAACCAAGCCUUUUGCCUUAUGUGAAGAAAGUGAUUGUAUAUUUAGGUAGAGACAAAACAAUGCAGUUGCUCGAAGAGCUGGUGGGUGAACUACAGCUGACAGAGCCUGUGAACUCUGGGGUCACCCACAUGGACAACCCCCCAUAUUAUCGCAUCACUUCCAGCUAUAAAGUCCCUUCUGUCACCUCAGGAACUACUUCCAGUAGCAAUACAAUGGUAGCACCCACUGACGAUGACCCUGAUAAUAAGCCCUUGAAAGAGACUAUUGAAGAGAGCUACGUGCACCUUGACAUCUAUGGUGGACUCAACAGCCAUUUAAAUCGCCAACACCACAGGCUAGAAUCUCGAUAUAGCAGCAGCUCUGGAGGAUCUUAUGAAGAAGAGAAAAGUGAUUCAAUGCCACUUUAUUCUAAUUGGCGGCUGAAAGUGAUGGAGCAUAAUCAAGGAGCGCCACUGCCCUUCCCACCAGCUGGAGGCUGCUGGUCACCGCUGGUGGAUUACUUGCCUGAAACAUCAUCACCUGGAUUACCUCUUCACAGGUGUAACAUAGCCGUGAUCCUUUUGACUGAUCUGAUCAUUGAUCACAGCGUGAAGGUGGAAUGGGGAAGCUACCUUCAUCUUCUUCUUCAUGCCAUUUUUAUAGGGUUUGACCACUGCCACCCUGAGGUGUAUGAACAUUGCAAGCGCCUGCUGCUGCACUUACUAAUCGUGAUGGGACCCAACGGUAACAUACGCACUGUUGCGUCUGUCCUUCUCAGGAAUAAGGAGUUCAGCGAGCCCAAGGCGCUUACGGUCAAACAGACUGCACACUUCGAUUACACUUUCACAGGUGUGAAUGAUUUUAUACCUGAUUACCAGCCCUCCCCCAUGACUGACUCAGGGCUUAGCUCCAGUUCUACCUCUUCUAGUAUCAGCUUAGGAAACAACAGCACCACCAUCUCACACCUGCACACCACUAUCCUCAACGAGGUCGACCUUUCAGUCGAGCAGGAUGGAAAAGUCAAAACCCUCAUGGAAUUCAUUACCUCAAGAAAAAGAGGACCUCUUUGGAACCAUGAGGAUGUUUCUGCCAAGAAUCCCAGCAUUAAGAGUGCUGAGCAGCUAACUACAUUUUUAAAGCAUGUGAUCUCUGUUUUUAAGCAGUCAAGUUCAGGGAUCCACCUGGAGCACCGCCUGAGUGAGGUGGCCCUGCACACAGCACUCUCCUGUGCAUCUCGGCACUAUGCUGGGAGAUCCUUCCAGAUCUUCAGGGCCCUGCGGCAGCCUCUCUCUGCAGCUACACUUUCCGACGUUCUCUCCCGCCUCGUCGAAACUGUUGGCGACCCAGGAGAAGAUGCCCAGGGAUUUGUGAUUGAGCUGCUUCUCACGUUGGAAUCUGCAAUUGAUACCUUAGCUGAAACCAUGAAGCAUUAUGAUCUUCUUUCUGCCCUAUCUCAAACCUCAUACCAUGAUCCUAUAAUGGGAAAUAAGUAUGCAGCUAACAGGAAAAGCACUGGACAACUCAAUCUAAGCACAAGUCCCAUUUAUAGUAGCAACUAUUUAGGAUAUAACAGUAAUGCAAGAAGUAACUCUUUGAGAUUAAGUUUAAUUGGUGACCGAAGAGGUGACCGGCGGCGGAGUAACACACUGGAUAUAAUGGAUGGACGGAUAAGCCAUAGCAGUAGUCUAGCAAGGACUAGAAGCCUUUCGUCUCUGAGAGAGAAAGGAAUAUACGAUGUGCAGUCCACUACUGAGCCUGCCAACUUGAUGGCCACCAUCUUUUGGAUAGCAGCAUCUUUAUUAGAAUCUGAUUAUGAAUAUGAAUACCUCCUGGCUCUCAGGCUUCUUAACAAACUGCUCAUCCAUUUGCCUCUGGAUAAAUCAGAGAGUCGAGAGAAGAUCGAGAAUGUACAAAGCAAACUAAAGUGGAAUAAUUUCCCUGGCCUUCAGCAGCUCUUCCUGAAGGGUUUUACCUCAGUCUCUACUCAAGAAAUGACCGUGCACCUCCUCAGCAAGCUCAUCACUGUCUCCAAGCACACGCUGAUAGAUCCCCCUCAGUUGUCAGGCUUUCCUCUUAACAUCCUGUGCUUAUUGCCUCACUUAAUCCAGCAUUUUGACAGCCCAACUCAGUUUUGCAAAGAAACAGCUAGUCGAAUAGCAAAGGUUUGUGCAGAAGAAAAAUGUCCUGCCCUUGUCAACCUGGCUCACAUGAUGAGUUUGUACAGUACACACACAUACUCCAGAGAUUGUUCCAACUGGAUCAACGUUGUCUGUAGAUACCUGCACGACUCCUUCUCAGAUACUACAUUCAAUCUGGUGACUUAUCUUGCAGAGCUGUUAGAGAAAGGUCUGUCCAGCAUGCAGCAGUCCCUCCUGCAGAUCAUGCAUAGUCUCCUGAGUCAUAUUGACCUCUCUGCCGCUCCUGUUAAGCAGUUUAAUCUGGAGAUCAUAAAGAUUAUCAGCAAAUAUGUACAGAGUCCUUAUUGGAAGGAGGCUCUUAAUAUACUAAAGCUGGUGGUAUCUCGCUCUGCAAGCCUAGUGGUGCCCAAUGAUAUCCCCAAGACGUAUGGAGGAGAUCUGGGUUCACCUGAAAUAUCCUUCACAAAGAUUUUUAAUAACGUCUCUAAAGAGUUGCCUGGGAAAACCUUAGAUUUUCACUUUGAUAUAUCUGAGACUCCAAUCAUUGGAAAUAAGUAUGGUGAUCAACAUAGCGCAACUGGAAGAAAUGGGAAACCAAAAGUUAUUGCUGUUACUAGAAGUACUUCUUCAACCUCUUCUGGUUCCAACUCCAAUGCCUUGGUACCUGUUAGCUGGAAAAGGCCACAGCUAUCACAGAGAAGAACAAGGGAAAAGCUAAUGAAUGUGCUCUCUCUCUGUGGUCCAGAAUCUGGUCUUCCAAAGAAUCCAUCAGUAGUAUUUUCUUCUAAUGAAGAUUUGGAAGUUGGAGAUCAGCAGACGAGCCUGAUUUCUGCCACAGAGGACAUCAUUCAGGAGGAGGAAGCAGCAGUGGAAGACAAUAGCAGUGAACAGCAGUUUGGUGUGUUUAAGGAUUUUGACUUCUUAGAUGUGGAAUUGGAAGAUGCUGAGGGUGAAAGUAUGGACAAUUUCAACUGGGGAGUUCGCCGGCGCUCUCUGGACAGCAUCGACAAGGGGGACACCCCAUCCCUGCAGGAGUACCAGUGCUCCAGCAGCACCCCUAGCUUGAACCUCACCAACCAGGAGGACACAGAUGAGUCCUCAGAAGAAGAAGCAGCACUCACAGCCAGCCAGAUCCUUUCGCGCACACAGAUGUUAAACAAUGGCUCUGCUACGGAGGACACAUUGCCAGACCGGCCCGACUCGCUUCUCCGGUCUCAGGAUUCCACUGGCAGCACCUCAGCUGAGGAAGCUCUUCAGAUCAGAGAUGAGACCCCAAGUGUGGAGGCUUCUCUAGACAAUGCUAACAGCCAGCUGCCUGAGGACCCAGGUUCAGUAUUAAAGGAUGAGCAGGUUCUUGCAGCCUUUGAAGAUGAAGGGUCAUAUCUUACUCAAGAGCAGCAGGAUUCUCUUGUGUGCCAGGGAAUACUUGAUUUAGAGGAAACUGAAAUGCCAGAGCCUCUUGCUCCUGGAAGCUACCCUGAGUCUAUCUGUGAAGAAGAUGUCACGUUAGCUUUGAAAGAACUUGAUGAAAGGUGUGAAGAAGAGGAAGCAGAUUUCUCUGGACUGUCCAGACAGCUGAAUGCUGAUGACUAUGCUAUUCACAUUGACAGCCAAGACGAAGAUGAGCCAGAUGGUUUUCCACAGAUGCAGACCUCCCCGUUGCCUUCGCCCUUUCUUUCUGCCAUCAUAGCGGCCUUUCAGCCAGUGGCCUAUGAGGAUGAAGAGGAAGCCUGGCGCUGCCACGUCAAUCAGAUGCUCUCAGACACUGAUGGCUCCUGCGCCAUGUUCACGUUCCAGGUGUUCACCAGGUUAUUCCAGAAAAUUCAAAGACGGUUUGGAAACAUCACUAAUACAGCCGUCCACUUUCUGGGGGAAAGCCUGCAGCGCAUCGGGACCAAGUUUACAAGUUCCCUGGAGGUGAUGAUGGCAUGUUCAGAGUGCCCCACUGUCUUUGUAGAUGCCGAAACACUGAUGUCCUGUGGCUUACUGGAAACACUCAAGUUCAGUGUUUUGGAGUUGCAAGAACACCUGGACACAUACAAUGCCAAAAGAGAAGCUGCUGAACAGUGGUUAGAUAAUUGUAAGAGGACAUUUGGUGCCAAAGAAGACAUGUAUCGGAUAAACACAGAUGCACAACAAAUGGAAAUUCUAGCAGAACUAGAGCUUUGCCGGAGAUUAUACAAAUUGCACUUUCAAUUGCUACUUCUAUUUCAAGCCUACUGUAAGCUUAUCAACCAAGUUAGCACAAUAAAAAAUGAAGCAGAGGUUAUCAACAUGUCAGAGGAACUUGCCCAACUAGAAAGUAUCCUCAAAGAAGCUGAAUCUGCUUCAGAAAAUGAAGAAAUUGACGUUUCCAAAGCUGUGCAGUAUACCAUAGAGACUGCUAUUCUUUCCCUCAUUGAAACUUUAAAAAACAAGGAGUUUAUAUCAGCUGCAACACAACUCAAAACUUUCAGGUCCCUCUGGCCCAAUGACAUCUUUGGCGGUUGUGAAGAUGACCCCGUGCAGACAUUGUUGCACAUCUAUUUCCACCAUCAGACAUUAGGCCAGACAGGAAGCUUCGCAGUGAUAGGCUCAGACCUUGACAUGUCAAAAGCCAACUACAAAUUGAUGGAGCUUAACCUGGAAAUCAGAGAGAGCCUGCGUGUGGUGCAGUCCUACCAGCUUCUAGCGCAGGCCAAGCCCAUUGGGAAUUUGGUGAGCACUGGAUUCUGAGAAAAAUGGAACUGAAGAGGACAAAUACUAACAAGCACCUUCUAGGGACCUUUGCAAGUCACCCAAGAACCCUUUCUGGAGGCACCCACAAUGCUCGUGUAACCAACGCCAAACCUGAUCAAGAGAAAGGAAGGCUGACAAAAGCAAAGGUCUGAAAGGAGGAAAUAGAAUCCUUUAGCAGCUGCCAACUCCUCCCACAACUAUACAAAGAAGGAGUUGGGGUUUUUUUUCUUCUUCUUUUGAAUUAACCUGUGUGAAAAGAAAAGGGCUACAAGUGAUGUAUAUGUAAAAACAUUACUUUCUGGAAAAAGCAAAGAAUUCUUAGACUGCAAUAAUGGCC